AUGGAUCCCAUCGCGAUCAGUGUCUUCAUCAUCUUCGCCAUCCUCUUCGUCGCCGUCUCCAUCUCUUUUCUCGUCCGAUGUCUCCGAGCUCGCUCUCUCCUCCCUCCAUCACUCCCUUCUCUCAUCCGACGUCUCUGCGUUGCUCGCUCUCCUUCCCUCGGCGAUUGCUCCAUCUGCUUGUCGCCGUUCAAGCCUGAGGAUCGACUACGUCAUCUCCCGCUCUGUUCCCACGCUUUCCACCUCGAUUGCAUCAGCACCUGGCUCAUCUCGAACAAGACCUGUCCUCUCUGCCGCUCUCCUCUCGGUCACGCUAAGGAAACAGCGAGUAUUGCAGCGGAUGUAGCUCACGAUGGUUCCAGGAGCUGGCUGAGAGAUCUCUCUCGUGGUGUAUCUUCCCGUGCUCUGUCCUUUAGAAGCUCGAGUUCGUUUUUCACCGGGAGCAGUCGUCGUGGCGGCACGGUGGAGGUUGUGGAUUUAGAGGCCGGAGAUGAGUUCAUCGAGUAUUUACAGUGGCUCUCAACUCUUUGA